AUGAAGAAAUACCGGGGCUUCCGUCUGGGGAGACGGCUGGCUUUCAUCUGGAGGUCCCUCCAUCAGCCACCCUCCAAACACAGGGGCUACCUCCGACUUUCCUCCGACGGCCCUACUCACCGCAAACGAGACCCAACCAAGGAGAUGGAGGAGAAGAACGCGGUCGCCGCAAGGAUCGCCCACUGGGGGCGCUGCCUCGCUCAGCGGCUGUGCCAGCGGCGGCACCGCCUCCUCGGAAACCAAGCGGACGGCGACGAGAAGGAGGAGAUCCUCCGCCACCGCAACGUGCCGAAGCCGCCGCCGAGGGGGCACUUGGCGGUGUACGUGGGCCGCGAAGGGGUCGACCCUCUGUACCGCGUUAUGGUGCCGGUGGUCUUCUUCAACCAUCCUCUCUUCGGGGAGCUGCUGAAGAGUGCACAGGAGGAGUUUGGAUUUUGCCGCUCAGGGGGCAUCGUCAUCCCUUGUCCCAUCUCCGACUUCGAGAGCGUCCGCCGGCGGGUCGCCGCCGCUGCCGGAGUCCGGUAUCGCCACUCCGGCAAUGCCGAGCCCGGCGUCUGGGAGUCCUAA